UUCGCUUGUAUUUGAAGAGAUCGGCACACCGUCUACCUGGUUGGUAGUAGGAGAGGAAAACAGUGAACCGUCGCUCGUGGUACCUGGAACGAUUACAGAAGCAGAAUUGUGCUCGCGGCGCGCACAAUGAGUCGCUUCUACCAACCGGAAGUUGACAAGUGCGCUCGAAAAAGUAUUGAAACUCGACAAAUUUAGAGAUUGUGGGGAGACAUUGUUCGGUGGUGGUUUCGUGUGUGAAAUAUUUGAAAAAGGUGUUUCUAGCCAACGACAAACCAAACUAUCUGUUCUUUGUUUUUAAAUGGAUUAGUCGUUUCUCCUCUAAAUUAAGAUAUCGUUAACCAAGUGUUCAAUUAUAUUCAGUAACAUGUAGACUCUAACAGUAUUUUUAUAGUUUGCACUAUGUACUAGAUAUGUAUAGAUAUUCGAUAAGAUUCGAUUGUUUCAGAACGUUUGACCGUGUUCGAGUCUUGAUCGGUUAAAAUAUUUCGAUUAUUCAGAUAAUCUUAAAUAACUCUAUCGAAUGGUUUGUUGAGCCGAGAGAAAGAGAAGAGCAGUUUUAGUUUUUAGCGAUUCAAAAACAAGAUAAUAUAGGUGUUAAAAUAACAAAAAAGGUUUUCACUAUUUCGGCGAGCGAAAGAACUGCGCCAUGAAAAUGCCAGCUGCAGAAUCCUCGAUAUAUUGGGACUCGAUGGGUUCCCAACGCUCGACUUCCGGUGGCAGCUCCGGAGACGCUUGCAGCUCCGGAAGUGCCAGCCGUCACUAUGUCGAUCCGUGGGACUUGGAGAACUAUGCGUACCUACGUCGACAUAGCGUCGCUGGGCUUACGCAACAGGCGUCCCGACACCAUCGACGACCAGCGCACCGAUUGUCGCGAGAAGCACGUGCUCACUCGGAUUAUUGGUAUUCAUCCUCGGCGAGAGAACCGGGCUACGCCGCACCCGCUUUCGUGGAAGAAUUGUAUUGUAGACCACCUAGGCCAGCGAACAAUAGUUGCCACUAUCGCCAACCGAUCUAUGAGGACGAGGUACCUGAUUACGUCGCCCCGUUUCCGGUCUACGCACCUCUCUCUGAAUUAAGACAGAGUUCCGGGAACCAUAAACGAUUCAGACACAGAAGUAAAUCCACAUCGAUGGAGAGUUACAGGUCCGAAUUCGUCGACCUUUGCGUACCGCCGGGCUCGGUGGAUACCGUCGAUUUAGACGUUCUACGACAAUCGUCUCGGUCGGAGAAUCGUUCGAUGGGAACCAAUGCAGAAAAAGAAAAAUACACGGUACAGAUAGUUCCACCGCCACAUCUCGACCUGAACACGUACGGACACCUCAAGAUCGAUUACACCAACAGUUGGAACUCGUUGAACCGCAAGAUUACUAAAUAAUCUUAUCAUUUUCCAUCGUUUCUCGUCUCGAUUAACUAAAUGGUACACCGCGGAAUGGUAAAAAUAAAAGCUCUUUCUUGUUUUCUUAGCUACCCAUGGAUACUUAAUUUAACGACAUCGUCGAUUACUUAUGUAACAUACAUGUGUAUGUACCUAUAUGUAGAUUCUACUUAAGAACAUUGGCAUGAAACCAAAAACUAUUGCUAGUUUAGUUAGUCGACAAACGAAAAUUACAAGUUAAUUUUAUAAGAAAAUUAAAUUGUUCUUAUUUGCUGACCUUACGUAAAGUACAUAUUUUAAACGAUAUUAAUCGCAGUGUCGUUAUCUUCGUGAAAUAACUUUCUUUUCUUGUUUCUUGUACCAUUUUUAACGAUUUCUUCCUCGAUAUCCAUGGAGGUGCUGUUACUCUUUUCUAUGUCCAACUCUGGCCACCUUAGCGAUUCGUUGUUCGAUA